GUAACAAUAGACCGUGUCAUAAAUUCGGUCGGGUUAUCAUUCCAUUCAACGACAAUUUGCUUAUGUAAACAGAAACAGAAUAUCUCUGUUGCUUGACGUUGUCGAAACUUCAAUUCUCUGGCUUAUUUCGAACUGAGGCAUGUAGCGAAUUGCGAUCGAUUUGAUGCGGGCAAUACGAUAAUGUGAUAAUGAAGGUAUUGCACGAUUGUAAAGCGGAUCUAAUCGAAAUCAACUGUCGGGAAGGACACUCAGGAUAUAUACAACAAUUGACUUAAAAGCAGUUCCAAGUCCUUGAAACAACAUGGUAACACGUAUUGAUCAUUCUAACUGGCCCCUCAAGACCAGAGUAUCAAACUUGCAGCGCCCUAAAUCCGUGUGCAUAUUACCGAUGCAUCCGUUGAAGACAGAUGUUUAUACAACUUCAGCUCGAGUUUCCAAGGCCCUGGAGUACACGCAAGAUAAGAGAGGCUACAUCUUCACGAGGAUGCCGCAAGAAAAGCUUACUGUGUCAAAUAUAAGGACGACUAUUUCCCCGUCAAGAUCGCUGUCCAGGACUUCCUUGUAUACAACUUCUCAAACUCCUUCGAGACUGACCCCAGAUACAAGUUCUAUGAGAAAUACAAAGAGAGCUCUAGACGCCGGGUCAAGUAUGUCAACACUACGAAGUCAAACUACGGAAAGUGGCAGCAUCUCGCUUGUUCCGGGAGUUUUUCAAGGCAGAAAUCCAAGACCGAGAAUUUUUGUUCGGUAUCGCCAAUUAUCGUCGGAAGAAAGGGUCAUAGAAUGGCUCUAUAAAUACUGUACACAUCCGUUAAAGACAUUACCUCUGCUAUAAUUAAACCGAAUCAAGGUCAUCAUUUCGUAAAACUGUAACCAAAGAAGAUAAAUCUAUUCACCCUUUCAGUUUCUCCAACUCCGACAGCAUGGUACUUAUAAAAACAUAAC